AAAUAAAAAACGGACGACCAUGACAAGUGUUCAUGAGGAGACGCGUCUAGUACUCCUCGUCAAGAGCAAACGCACCAAACGUCAGCGAUAUGCGUCUCCUCAUAUGAACACAGAAGCAGUGUCUGGCGUUUGCAGCGAGGAGCGAUCACUGGAAGCAAGAGAAGAAGGAGCUGGUGAAGUUGAAUUCAGGGGAGUUACGGACCAAGACCAAGACAUGGCGAAUUGCCUGAUGUUAUUGUCACAAGGACUUAAAGCAAAGGGUAGUAGUAAUAAUCAUUCACCUACGAAUAAAAGUGAUUUCUUGAGGUACAAGAAACCAGUGGCUUCUCUAGGUUUAGGGCUAGAGGGUGUUUACCAAUGCAAAACGUGUGACAAAAUCUUCCACUCGUUUCAAGCGCUAGGAGGGCACAGAGCUAGCCAUAAGAAGCCCAAACUCGGAGAAAUCUUUCUCAAAUGCCACGAGAAGAAUUCUUCAUCAGCAACUGAAACGGUGGAAGCUGCAGGAGUUGUAGGAAGCUUUCUUUCUCUGCAAGUAACUAGUAAUGAUGUUAACAAGAAACUUGAAAAAACACAUGAAUGUUCGAUCUGCAAGGCCGAGUUUUCUUCAGGACAAGCCUUAGGAGGUCAUAUGAGGAGACAUAGAGGUUUAAUAGUAAACGCAAACGCUACUUCAAGUCAUCAUCAAGAAUCUAUACGGGCAAAGAACUUUCUGGAGUUGGAUCUGAAUCUUCCAGCGCCAGAAGAUGAAUCCAAGUUCGUGUUUGCGUCCAAAGAUCAGAUUCUUCUCUUCACUUCCGCGUCAAAUUCUUUAAUUAAUUGUCAUCAUUGA